AUGGCGUGCGAGUGCUGCAAUGCCAAAGGUGGCACAAUUCCGACGCAGCAGGUAGAAACCGUGGUGCAAGUCAGACAAGAGGAGGAUCCACACAGUGUAGAUAUACUUCAGCAAUUGGCGUGCAACAGCCUCUCCACCCUCUCCAUGAACUUUUCCGUGGAUGGUGAAACAAUCAUCCCAGUCGCUGCUAUGGGCAGCCAAAGCUCUUCUGCCGCGCACCUGAGUUUGGGUAUUCAAGACAUGAAACUGUUGCGUGGAACUAACUUAGUUCAAGUUCUCAGCAGUUUUGGAGCUGAACUGCGCUGCAAUAGUCUCAACCAAAGUCUCACUCCCGAAGAGGCUGCAAAAUUGUACAGAAAAUCAUUCCAAGUCAACAAGUUCGACUACUUCAUCAGUCACUGCUGGCAGGAUGAACGAUUUCCCAAGGUGGUUGCCCUAUACAUCCACAAGAAUCUGCACGUUGCAAUGAUCUUUUCGACCAUUGUGGCCAUCAUUUUGACAGCCUUGACUCGCUUGAAGGUCUUGCCAGUGGUCGCCGAAGGCGAUAGCAAUGUCAUAGACCAUUUUCCAUGGGCGCUUUGUGGUGGAGGCCUGUCCUUCUUCUUUGUAUUGUUCACUUGGCACCACGUGGCGUUCUUAGUGAGACCGCGUAUCUAUUUCUUGGACAAAUUCUGCGUCCAUCAAGGGGACGAUGAUUUGAAGCGUUUAGGUGUCCAAUCGUUUGCUGGCUUCGUCGCAGCCUCCGAUCGCAUGCUCUUGUUAUGGACGACACAAUACUUUACCCGCUUAUGGUGCACCUUGGAGUUGGCUGCACUGGUGAAAUCGCGGCAAGGGCUGGCUGCAACGAAAUUUCCCUUGGAGAUUUUGCCUUUGAAGUUGGCAAAGGUGAGUUUCAUGACCUGGGUGACGGUUUUCCUGGUCUAUGCCAUCGUUCAGUUCAACCGGAUAUUGGGCCGUCCCAUUCCAGACAUUGGUAUUUUGGGUGUUGCUCUGUUGGUCAGCGCCUUCGUUCUGAUCCGGGCUUUGCGGGUGUAUGCCCAUGAUCGGAAGGCAAUGCAUCACCAAAUAGAAAACUUUUCGGUGCAAGAAGCAAAGUGCUCAGAUGAGCGUGAUCGGCGAUGGGUCGAGCGAUCGAUGCUGCGAUGGUUUGCUGAUCUUGAGCUUUGCAACCUGCACAUCCGACAAGCAGUGCGAGAGCAAGCAGAGGAGCGGUUGGGGCCCGAACGUCACAUCCCGACCAAAUUGCUAAUGCCCGUAUUCCUUGUGAACCUUUUCAACGAUUGCGACUACAUCGUGGGAGGUUAUUACGACAGUCUCCGCAAGAGCCUUGCCGGGCUGGGCUGGGCGGCCUUUACUCUGUCCAUCGUUCCUGUGGGCUACCGCCUCGCUCUCUGCUUCACACAACAGCGCAAAUGGUUCUUGGAAUUGCUCAUCAACACUUCCUUAUCUCUCGGCUUAGUUCUCUUAGCGGUGAGCAUCUAUGUGACUACACACUUUGUGGUUGCAAAACCCGAAGUGAAUGCAGUGGUACUGUGCAUUCCAUUUCUGGAAAUUGUGGUUGUUGCAUGGUUGCAGAGGAGAUCUUUUGGACGUUGCUGA